CCACUAAUCGAUCCUUUGAACUAUGCUCAAAUGCUAAAUAUGUAAAGAAAUGCAUUGAAAUGCCCAAAACCAUUUUAACCCGACAACGCCUAAAACUUUUUCUAUCUCUUGUCCAGACAAUAGCCUCCGAACGUUGCCAUACGACAACGUCAAGCGUUACAGGGUUACAAUGCAUAUUUACCUGUGCGUCACUUUACGUUGUUCAGUCGUGUUGUUUUUAUCUAGUUAUUCUCCUUCUUCUCCUACCUUUGUGGAAUGUGUGAAGUGGUGUGAAGAACAAAGCGUUUACCUGUCUGCGGUGCAUGUAGCGCCUAUGUACCGUCAAACACAUCAGUCGAAUACGCCGCUCGGAGGCUCGCCAGGAAUCUUACAACAGGAUUUAACAUAUGCGCAAAAUGAAAUGUAUCGACGACCGACGGUGUUCGUGUCUCAGGCUCCGUAUCAAAAUUACAACCGUGUGGUGCCGCCACCUGCUCACAAUGGAUCAAAUCGCCAAGUAUUGCCAGCGCAUCAUCCAUUGCCAGCCCAUAUUCAGUUCCCAGCCCAAUACAGCCAGUUUGGCCCAUUGAGUCCGGCUCAAGUGCCAAGCAAGCAUGGACAUUAUCAACCAACCAAUUUGUGGUUUGCUGAAUAAGGACGGUUUUUGUUACCGCACACCACACACCCUCACUCAAUCACAUUCAAACAACAAAUCGAUCAAAACACCCGCAGAGUGUGUGCUUAAAAAACGACGGAAUAAAUAACGACUCCAUUGGAAAUAAUUACAAGAAAAUUACGAGCUAAUGGGUAAAAAAAAUAACAACUCUCGUUUGCGAGAAAUCUCGAUAAAAUAAACACAACCGUUCCGUGGAAUUUAUCGAGAAAGCAACAAAACAAAACAAACCAACAAAAAUAGGGCUAAAGACGAAUGUUGUAAGAAUCAAUAUCAUUUUAUUUGUUUACUAUUAGCAUGAAAGAAUUUUGAAAUUCAAAUUACAAAGAACUUAAAUGGGAAAGAAAACCAUAACAAAAAUUAUAUGAAGAUAGAAAGUUCGUACUUGCACACGAGACAUGCAUAGAAUAUUUUAGAGGAUUUAAAUAUUACAAAAUGGAGAAGAAAAAACAAAAUAAAUUGUUAUAGAGAUUCGUUGUGCAUUUGCAAAGAAACGAAAGAUCCGAAUGCAUGCAUCAUUGUAUGCCGUUAGUCAGUGGAUGUAUACCUUGGACAUAGAUACAGAUAAAUUGUCAUCAUAAUCAUUUGAUUUGAGUCAUACACACACACACACACACUCACGUGCAUCGUCACAAAUUGUCACACAUUAAUCGAACGUGAAAUUGGGCGCGCACGUGAAAUUUGGCUAACUGAAUGAAAACAAAAAAAUGCAAACAAUGUUUUGCAACAAAUAAACGCUUACCAUAGAAAAAGAGCCAUUUGGUUUGCGAGAAAUAAAUGCAACAACAAAAAAAAUGAUAGAAAGAUCAUUGUAACAUCCACCAAAACUAUUCAAUUCAAUUUAAUAAAAAUCUACAUAUUAUAUUCAAGAAUGUAUAUAUGUGGUGAAGGCUGUAAAAAUAUUUAACUCAGUGCGAAAUACAACGCAACCCCACAGAGAUGCUUUUUUUUUGUUUGGUUUUUGCUAUGAUGUAGAUUAGUUGACGGUGUUUAACGUUGGUUUCAUUGCAUAUAUUUCGUUGAAAUAUUGUUUCGCUAUUCCAACUUUGGGGAAAUUGGUAUACACACCUUACCUCAUUCACACACACGCCCACAUGACUGUUUCUGCUUGGUGUGUGGUUGAAUCGAUGUAAACCAAUUUUAAACCCGCCCCGCCAACAUUCGCAUCCAUCGAACAGUGGAUCGAAAUCAAUGUGGAUGCAAUUGAAAGCAAAUUCAAAUUGAACUGAAUGACAUUGAAAAGGGGUUAGAUAUUUUUUUUUCUUUAGGACUUAUUUUUGUUCUUAUAAUUUUUUUUCUUUCUUUGUUAUUACUACAAAUUUUUUUUAUCAAUAUUGCAGCUAGUAGGCGUAGUGAACAGUGGAAAGGGUAGCAUAUUAAAACUGCACACUAUAACCGUAAAUAUUACCAUUGAUGUGUACCUUCACAAAAGAAUUCAAUCUUUUUUCCUCUUCGUUUUUGUUUUUAAUUUUCCUUCACUUUUUUCUAAACACAAUUUAAUCAAUAUUAAUUAGGAUUAUUACUUAUACUUAGACUCAAUCUCAAUUUUCUUUCUUUUUUUCGCUUUUUCUUCUUCUUCUCUGUGUGUGUUUUAUACUGUUUGUUUUUUUUUUCUUUGGAAAAAUUUCAUAUUUAAUCGAUGAUGAUACACAAGAAAAAAAAACGCUGGAAUUAGAACAAAAAAAAUUUUUUUUCGAUGUUUUAGGGAAAUAAAUAUCAAGGUAGAUAUUUAUAUAUUCAAUGUAGUUUUUCUUCCAAUAUUAUGCGAAAAAAAUCACAUUCAAUUCAAUACGAAUUGGACAACUGACAGAUAAAUUGCUUCUUUACUUCAGUCAUUGGCUUUAUUAAUCUGUACGUUUUAAUGUCAUUCAAACAAGUUUGUCGUAAUGAUAAACACAAAUGGUGUCCAAGUCAGAAAGAAUAUUAAACGAACGCGUUGAAUAUAUUGUUGAAGAAAAAAAUAUAAUAAUUAUUCGGAUACUUUUGCAUUAAAUUUUUUUAGUCAACCCACAAUUAUGACGAGUUUAUUUGUACAUUUUUAUCGAUGCUUGCGCAACGAGGAAUUUUAGCCGAAUUGGUAGCACAACAAUUGCCAACACCACGAAAAUCGGUAAAUAGUCUGGGUGGAAAUGGCAACCGUGGAAAUAAAAUGUAUAACAAGAAAACGACACAAAAAUCAACCGGUGGCAAACGACGAAAGGGACGCAAUAAAUACGCGAAGAAAAAAUAGACGGAAAAGAAACGUGCUGUGCUCAUAUAUUUUUUAACAACUUUCCAUCACUUUCAUUCACACAUUCGUCCGAUUUGAAAUUGUAUCAAAUUUCAUGGUUUUUUUUCUCUUGAAACAUUGUUCAAAAAUCACGGGAGUUUUUCUCCUGCCAAAAAUGAUCUUAUAUUGUUAUGACAAACAUUUUUUUUGUCAUUGAAACCAUUUUUUAUUUCGUAUUUGUAUUCGAUUUUCUUUUUGGAUUUAUGUAAAUAUUUUGUUUUUUUUUUGUUUUGCUCGAUUUUGUCAUUUCAAUUUUAAAUUAAUUGUGUGUUUGUAUAUCUAGAAUCAAGAAUGUAUUUUAUUUUGUUUUUACUAGAUUAUACAUGUAUAAUUCUAAUAUAAUUAAAUGUAACUGUAUUUUUGAAAACAA